CACCCUCUGUUGGCUGGCUGACGAUAACUCCUCCAGUUUAUUCAUGUUCCCUUUCUCUGUGCUGGAUCUGCUACACUGUUAUCAGCCUUUGUUGAUAAAUCUUAAAAAGAGAGAUUUACACCAUAAUCUGGAACGAUUUCUGUGAAUUUGAAUUGAAAAUAGACAGACGAGGCAAUGGAUACACCAUUCUCUGGACCAGAGAUUUUCAUAAAGGAUUUUAAUUCAAAAGAUUAUUAUGAUUCAUACUAUGCUUCAGACAAAGGAGUAAUGCUUGGUGAAUGGACAAAUUUUGCAUUGAAGAAUUUCCAUGAUAUCUUCUCUUCAGGAGUUGUUAAAGGAAACACACUGAUUGAUAUCGGUGCUGGACCAACAAUCUAUCACCUGCUGUCAGCUUGUGAAGUCUUUCCCAACAUUAUCACUUCCGACUUCCUGGAGCAAAAUCUAGCCGAACUAAAGAAAUGGCUGACGAAGGAAUCUAAUAUGUUAAACUGGACCCCAUGUGUAAAAUAUGUUUGUGAUCUAGAAGGAAAAAGUGUUAAUUUAGGGGAAAAGGAAGAAAAACUCCGCAAAAGUGUGAAGCAAGUUUUGAAAUGUGACGUACUGAAGAAGAAUCCAUUUGAGCCACUUGUUCUGCCACCAGCUGAUUGUCUAAUAAGUUGUUUCUGCUUAGAGUCCGCAUGUAAGGAUGUGGCUUCCUAUUGCAACACCCUGAAAAGUCUUAAGGACUUGCUCAAACCAGGAGGCCAUAUCAUACUGCAGAGUGCACUAAAUGGUACAUUUUAUUAUGUUGGGGAAAAAAAGUAUUAUUGCUUGAGUAUAGCAAAGGAAGAUAUUGAGAAGUCUUUUAUAGAAGCUGGUUAUGAAAUUGUGAAAUUAGAAGUGCAACAGCGUGAGGAUAUGUCUAGUUUAGACAUCUCUGAUUACGACAGCUUCUACUGCAUUCACGCCCGUAAGCCAUGAAGUCUAUAACAUUUUCACCAAUAUUGGCCGCUUCGCGCUUUUUUUCUUUUUAAAGAGAAUAAAAAUGUGUUUAAGAUGAUAAAGUUCAUUGAAAUAUGAUUUAUCAAUUGAUCAGAGUUUGAUGUUUAAUUAUGAUAGUGCAAAUGUGUAUUAAUACACAUAUAUAAAAGGGACCCUAUAGUCACCAGAACAACUGAGUAUAGUUGUGAGUAUAACCAGUCCUCAGAUGAC